AUGGAUGAAGAGUACGACGUGAUCGUGCUGGGAACUGGUCUCAAAGAAUGCAUUCUCAGUGGGCUUCUCUCCGUCGACGGCCUCAAGGUUCUGCAUAUGGAUAGGAACGACUAUUAUGGAGGCGAAUCUGCAUCCCUUAACCUUAUUCAGCUCUGGAAGAGGUUCAGGGGAGCUGAUACGCCUCCAGCAAGCCUUGGCUCAAGUAGGGAUUAUAAUGUGGACAUGAUCCCCAAGUUUAUGAUGGCCAAUGGUGUUCUUGUACGAGUACUCAUUCACACUGAUGUCACAAAGUAUCUCUCCUUUAAAGCUGUUGAUGGUGGUUUUGUCUAUAACAAACAAAAGGUUCACAAGGUGCCAGCAACUGACAUGGAGGCAUUGAAGUCUCCCUUGAUGGGUAUCUUUGAAAAGCGUCGUGCUCGCAAGUUUUUCAUUUAUGUCCAAGAUUAUAAUGAAUCUGAUCCCAAAACACACGAGGGACUGGACUUGACCAGAGUGACCACCAAAGAAUUGAUUGCGAAAUAUGGUCUUGAUGAUAAUACCAUAGACUUCAUUGGUCAUGCCUUGGCGCUGCAUAGGGACGAUCGAUAUCUUAAUGAACCUGCUAUAGAUACAGUGAAGAGAAUGAAGCUGUAUGCCGAGUCUCUUGCUCGUUUUCAAGGCGGAUCACCUUAUAUUUACCCCCUAUAUGGAUUAGGAGAGCUGCCACAGGCAUUUGCUCGUCUGAGUGCAGUCUAUGGUGGCACAUAUAUGUUGAACAAACCUGAAUGCAAGGUAGAGUUCGACGAUGGAGGCAAGGUUAUUGGCGUAACCUCAGAAGGAGAAACUGCUAAGUGCAAGAAAGUGGUUUGUGAUCCGUCCUACUUGCCAGGAAAGGUUAGGAAGGUCGGUAAAGUUGCUAGGGCGAUUGCCAUCAUGAGCCACCCAAUUCCCAACACCAAUGACUCUCACUCAGUUCAGGUUAUUCUUCCACAGAAGCAGCUGGGUCGCAAAUCAGACAUGUACCUUUUCUGCUGCUCUUAUUCCCACAAUGUUGCUCCAAAGGGGAAAUUCAUCGCUUUCGUAUCGACUGAGGCUGAGACAGAUAACCCUCAGGUUGAGUUGAAGCCAGGGAUUGACCUUCUUGGUCCAGUUGAUGAAAUAUUCUUUGAGAACUAUGAUAGAUAUGAACCAGUAAACGAGCCCUCUCUGGACAAUUGCUUUAUAUCUGCUAGUUAUGAUGCGACAACACACUUUGAGUCGACUGUCACUGAUGUCCUUAACAUGUACACAAUGAUAACUGGAAAGAAUCUCGACCUGAGCGUGGACUUGAGUGCUGCCAGUGCUGCAGAAGAGUGA